UACGUACGUACGUACGUACGUGCGUGCCUGCGUACAUACGGCCAUACCUUGCCACCAUGUGAGCGAGUAACUCCUCGAAAACAAACAAAUAAAUAAAUAAAUAAAUAAAGGAAAACUACGAAACAACAACGCUGGGCUCCUUAAGGAGGACCAAGGAGGGAUCUUCGGUCACUUGGCGUAGCCAAGAGGUGUGUGGCUCAAAGCUAACAGCUGCUUCCGAGUGGAAACAAUGGAGCCGUCUCCCGCAAGAGGCAAGCUACAAACGUAACAAGAUGAACAUCCAUAGCUGCACACUUGCUUAAGGGUGUCCAAAGCUGGAGUGGCUGGAGAAUAGCAGCACAAGGGCCCUCCCUGGUUUACGCGGUUAUGCAACCUGAAGCUCAUGUUUGCCCGUUUGGAUUAUCAGAAACAUCAUCAAGCUUACAUUCCCAGGCAUGACCCACCAUUGUAUCGGUUUCGAGACCACAACAAACAACCUACACGUGUCAACCCCUCUUGACGCUUACGGGGAGACCUAUGGCUUCAUCCUCAUUGUCCACACCUGAAGCGGGUAGGCAGUGAUGGUGUCUGUCAGCUCUUAUCGAAGCCAAUCCGCAAAGAGAUUAUCAAGUUGGAGCUGACGACUGCAAAGGCAAGUGUCUGUCCAAGCAGAGAACUGUGUUCAUCAUCUCAUUUUGGGAGUGUCAUGCCCACCAACAAGUCCCCCCCCUGGGGAGGCGGGGACUCCCGGCCUUGCUGUGACACAGCCACGUCCCCCACCACAUCUGUCAACCUUAAGACUGUUAGAACCGCUCGAGUGCCUGUUGCUUGUCAAGAGCAUGCCAAACCACCCUCCUCGUCCUCCGCUGUUGCCUCACCGGCUCAGGAUCAUGACAUCAUCAACAGAACCCAUAGCCAGUCCACAGCCGUGCCAAAUAGUUCUGCAACCCCACCACCAAAGACGAACGGCCUUCCAAGUUCAAACGGGUCAACUGGAGCGAAGCGGGUCGGUAGAAGCUCUGUCCGGGUCGGCCCCGGCGGGGACACCUUGAUUCAUGUUGGCCAUAAGGACAUCCCUCAAGGACGUCCCGCUGUGCAGUUGAACAAGUUAGAGCUUGAAGCUGCGCAAAGUUCUACCACACCUUUAGUGCCUCCUAUACGCGUUACUCCUUUUGAACAGCAGGGACCAGCGUCGAGAAAGGACACCCCUGGCCUCGAUGCUGCUAAAGUGGGCAUGAGAGGGCAAACAAAUGCAAGCAAAAGCCAUAAGGUGGCAAACGCUGCUACAAAGGCCAGCCCAGCGCUAAACUGCCACAUGAAAUCUUCCGCUGCAGACAAUCCGCUGCAAGUGGUUGGCAUUUCUCCGCCAUUUAUGAGCAGUAAGCCUCUGGAUGCGAGCAACAAAUACCCACAAAGUACGCCGGACAGAACUGGAAAUGUAUGCGAGGGACUUGGUUCUACCACCACCACAUCCCACGACAGUCAUGUGCCAAACGUCCACAGUGUUGAUGCUGCACUCAACAAGGAGCAGACGGGACUGCCAGGCGCCUUGAUGGGCUCUGUCACCACCAAGAUCUCCGCCAUCCACCUCACCAAGCAGCGUCAAGGCGCCGCUUCGCCGUGGUCAUCCUCCAGUCCCUCAUCGAGACAGUCUGAGGAUGCAGGCCCCGAGUGUGUCAUGCAAGUGGACGGUGGCGAGGAGGAGCUGCCUGACGAGCAGGAGAACGUCUGCAGCGAUGAUGAUUGUUCCGAGUCAUCCUCGAUCAACAGCACCUUCCCCACCGUGCGCAUCUCUGGUGUUGAAGAGCCCAUGUCGUUGGAGGUGGAGGACCAGCGGGAGAAGAGGCCGGCUCUGGUUCCCAGCCUGUUCCCGCACCUGCCUCCCACGCUCUACUUCAGCACAGCCAAUGAAGAAGUUGAAAUGCUGCCCGAGGAGCAAAGACAACUUCUAAAGUGGAAACUCAGCACCGUCACUCCCAAUGUUGUGAAAAACACUGUAGGCAGGUCGCACUUCAAGACCACCAAGAAAAGCCACGACUGGUUGGGCUGCUGGGGCCACCACAUGAAGUCUCCCUGCUUCAAGACUCUUCAAGAGCACCAGAAGUUGAACCACUUCCCCGGAACAUUCCAGAUCGGCAGGAAGGACCGGCUGUGGAAGAACUUGUCCAAGAUGCAGGUCCGCUUUGGCAAGCAGGAGUUCAACUUUUUCCCCCGCACUUUCGUCCUCCCUCAGGACAUCCUGCUGCUACGCAAGGCCUGGAAGGACGGCUCCAGGCAGAAAUGGAUCAUCAAACCUCCAGCCUCAGCGAGAGGAAUCGGAAUCCAAGUCAUUCACAAAUGGAGCCAGAUGCCACGAAAAAAAUCCCUUCUGGUCCAGAAGUAUCUGCACAAGCCCUACCUCAUCAGCGGCAACAAGUUUGACCUGCGCAUCUACGUCUACGUGACCUGCUACGACCCGCUCAGGAUCUACAUCUUCUCUGAUGGACUGGUUCGAUUCGCCAGCUGCAAGUAUUCGUCCUCCAUGAAGACACUCAGUAACAAGUUCAUGCACCUGACCAACUACAGCGUCAACAAGAAGAACUCAGAGUAUCAGGCCAACAGCAACGACAAAGCCUGCCAGGGACACAAAUGGGCUUUAAAGGCCUUGUGGCAGUACCUGGGCUCCAGGGGAGUCGACACCACCUUGAUUUGGGAGAAGAUUAAAGACAUUGUCAUCAAAACCAUCAUUGCGUCAGAACCGUACGUGAACUCCCUGCUCAAGAUGCACGUGCGGACACCUUACAGCUGUCACGAGCUGUUUGGCUUUGAUGUCAUGCUGGACGAGAACCUCAAACCCUGGAUCUUAGAGGUCAACAUUUCACCCAGCCUCCAUUCCAACACAGCGCUGGAUGUGGCCGUGAAGGGCCAGAUGGUCCGAGACCUCCUGAACCUGGCGGGUUUCCGUAUUCCUCAACGAGAGGACGUCCCCAGCGGCAGCACGUCCAGCUCCAGCAGCAGUCUGUGUGGUGGGAGCAGGGAGACCACGCAACCUGAGGUCUCCGUUGAUGAGAAAGUCAAACGGGCUUUUUACCUCAAACAGCACUUUGCUGACCAGGACUUCCUGGCAACAGUGUUAGACGUCAUGACCCCGGGAGACGUCCGCGUGCUCACUGAGACAGAAGACGAGUUGAACCGCCGCGGGGAGUUCGAGCGGAUUUUCCCCUCGCCGUCGGCAUCUCGCUACCUGCGCUUCUUUGAGUGUCCGCGCUACCUCAACUUGGUGCUGGACCAGUGGGAGCGGAAGUACUGGAAGAACAGGAGUAAAGGUGUCAAUCUGCUCAGGACUUUGUGUCAGAAAGGAGUUCAUCUGGGUACCAGUGAUCCUGCUCAUACGUGGUCCAAGUGUAGCUACAUCUCCAAGUUUGAGCAGCACAGAGAAGAACCCAUCAAUCCGCCCAGGCCCAGUUGUGCACCCAGGGUGGUGGUCAUCCAUCAGCACCAGACAGAUCACGCCGACACGGACUCCUUUGUCCCCAGCCCGCCCGCCUCACAGUCAAGUCCCGGGUCCAGCGUCGGCAGCAGCGCCUGCGCCAGUCCUCAGCCCAGCCUAUGUGUCCAGCGGCCCACUGGUCAAGGUAGUCUCGUGCUCUGAGGUGCUCGCACAGUUGCGGACCAGC